GGGUCGGAAAGGCCGCGUCCAGCCCGCCACAGCAGAGGCGAAGCCCUGCGAAGGGGGGCGGGACGUCGGGGCGCCGCGCUGCCCCGCACGGCUGCUGGGGUCUCCCGCACGCACGCGGCCGGGACGUGGGCUUGGGGCGCCUCCCCCGAGCUGGCUGGCUUUGCAGGGACCCAGGAGACGCCAAGUGGAGCGCGUCCUUUCCAGAGGGGCCGGUCGGGAACCUGAAACCCGCGCGCCUUGGGCGCCUCGGGGGAGCACGCGAGGUUCUUCGCUUCCAACAGCCCUGCGCCUUCACGAGGAAGAAAAGUGCACAGGAAAGCCAAGCGACCCCUCCAAAGUCACACAGCCCGGGAAGGUGGUAGGACCUCAAGGCUGGGAGAGGUGGGGCCAAAGGGGAAUGACAAAUAGUUGUCCACGCUCCGAGAGGUGUAGAGGAAGGACCCGGCCGGCCGGAGGGCUUCUCCCCGAUCCUGAGGGUCAGGGGCGAGGCCGCGCGGGAGUGAGGACCAGAGAGGACCAGUGAGGACCGCCCCACAGUCUGGCUCGCUCCUGGCCCUGAUCUCCUCCGAGAAAUGCGACUCGACCCCACCGGACCCUAGCGGCCAGCGGGGAGCCUCCCCGGCCCCUGGCGAGCAUAGAGCCCCUCCCUCAGGAUUGGCCCGAGGGUCACCCCGAGACUGGGCACCGCUGGACGCCAGCAGCAGAUUUCCCGCUUCCUCAGCUUUGCUCCUGCCCGCAGUGGCUCUGGAGGUUCUGCCCAGCCGCCGCCUCCUCCCGGCAGCCCUCCGGACUCCAAGGGCGGCCCCGGCUCCCAGUGCUCGGCCAUGGCCCCUCCGCCGCUGUGCAGGCUCCCGAGGUCGCUGCCGCCGUGGCUGCUGCUGCUGCUGAGCGUGGCGCUGUUGGGUUUCCAGGCCCGCGCCGAGCCCGCUGCCGGGAACGCGGUCCCCGCGCAGAGCCGUCCGUGCGUGGACUGUCACGCAUUCGAGUUUAUGCAGCGCGCCCUGCAGGACCUUCGGAAGACCGCCUACAGCCUGGACUCGAGGACCGAGGCCCUCCUGCUGCAGGCCGAGCGCCGGGCCCUGUGUGCCUGCUGGCCUGCCGGCCGCUGAGGCCCCUCAUACGCCACUAUUCCCCCAUCAAUAAACACGGGCCCCACA